AUGCGUUGGGGAUAUCACCGUGAUUCGAUCUUGACCACAACAACGAGCCUUCGCCGGCAAACGGGCUUUGGCGCCAAAAAGAGGCAGCUGGGGCCGUUGUGGACCGAGGCAAGGUUGAGUCUUCUCCGCGUGUACCACGCGCUUGGCGAACGUCCUCUCAUUCCCACGCUUGCCGAUGAGUGGCUGCUACGUCAGGAGGGGUUCGAGUUGCGAGAGCUCGCGGGGCCAAGGGACGCCCCCGGCGUUGCAAAUUCCCGAUCCGGCCGUGAACAACAGGACAGGGGAAGCCCCGACGCGCUUCACCGUCCGAACAGUCUCGAGAAUGCGGAGGCGGGAACAAGGCGCCGCCGCUCAGCGACAUGCCCGAAAGGGAACUUGGUGCCUGGACCCGCUCGCACAGUGACUCCGCCCGAGGACGCUGCACCCCGGCUCGAUGACACAAACCCACAAAUCGAGGUCGAGCGCAAGUCGAACUGCCAUUUAGUUUUAGAGGUGCGCUCGCUGGCUGGUUGUCGCGGCAGGAAGCGUGCUCCAUGCCAUCUCCAGAUCUCGUGGGACUGGAAGCUGAGAGUCCGUAAUUACCCGUGCGAGGUCCAGAACUACAAAAAGGCGCGAAAGCGUACCCUACAACGCGCGGCUGUCGACCUGGAAACAACGCGGUGA